AUUUCCGUAAAGUUUCUAGUUGGAGCAGCCUCACCUUCUUCUGGUCUUGUUCGGGCAGUCGGAUUCACUGAAGUUUCUAAAAAUGAGUGAAAUGAAGCCAAGCGAUGUAGCUGCAGCGGAAGACAGUAGCGAGGAACAAGACUGGAAUGCUGCCAAAACUUUUUUUGACAGCCUUAAGUCAAACAAACCGAGACCUCCCAAACCCCGGUUUGCUGUUUCCAUCGCCGUCUCCUCUCGCACCCUCUUCAACAUGGUGGCAGAGAGGAAGAUUUACGAGGAAGAAGGAGUAGAGAAGUACGUGGCUUUUCAGGUGGAACAUGAAAACGAGCCCCUCAAGCCAGGACCUGCUUUCCCGUUUGUCAAGGCACUGAUGAAUGUCAACUCUCGGCUGAGGGAGCUCUACCCAGACAGCGAGGAGCUGUUUGACAUUGUCUUAAUGACUAACAACCAUGCCCAAGUUGGAGUGCGCCUCAUAAACAGCAUCAAUCAUUAUGAUUUGACCAUAGAGAGAUUCUGUAUGACGGGAGGCAAAAGUCCCAUCGGUUACCUGGAGGCUUACAUGACAAAUCUUUACCUCUCCAAAGAUUCUGACAAAGUCACAGAGGCCAUAGAGGCAGGAAUUGCUGCAGCUACAGUGUUUAUGCCAGAAAAGGAGAGCGAGUUAAGCGACACUCAGCUGAGAGUGGCAUUUGAUGGCGAUGCUGUCCUCUUCUCAGAUGAGUCAGAGAUCAUUGUGAAGCAACAUGGCCUGGACACCUUCUUUGAGCAUGAGAAGCACUUUGAGAACCAACCUCUUGCCCAGGGCCCUUUAAAGUGUUUCCUGGAGGCAUUGGGUAAGCUCCAGAGAAAAUUCUACUCCAAGAACGAGCGUCUGAACUGCCCCAUCCGAACCUUUCUGGUCACGGCCCGCAGUGCUGCAAGCUCCGGUGCUCGCGUCCUCAAGACCCUCCGCAGCUGGGGUCUAGAGAUCGAUGAGGCUCUCUUCCUGGCUGGGGCUCCUAAAGGACCCCUGCUGCAAAAGAUUCAGCCCCACAUCUUCUUUGAUGACCAGAUGUUCCACAUUGAGGGUGCCAAGGACCUGGGAACCAUAGCAGCACAUGUCCCUUAUGGAAUUGGACAGAAAUACCACAAGGGGAAACUCAUUGAGCAGCCUGCAAAAAAGGAAUAGCUAGAUAAUUGUUAAAUAUUUUCACACCAAGAGUUACACUAGGUGCCAUGCACUGUUUCACUUAAUAUUGUUUUGGAAGAGAAACCUGAUGGCACCUUUUAUCUGUUAUAUCUUAUGAAAAGCUUACUGUCUGAGGAAUAACACAUUUUGUCCAUUACUUUAGAGUUUAUAUAAUGUCUUCAUAUUUUUAUACUGUAAACCUAUUUUGUAUCUUAUCAGCUGGGGUAUUAGCUGCAGGUUGGUAUGCACACACACAUAUACAUGCAAUAAAUAGCAAUAAUCGCGCACAAGCAAUAGGGGCCAUUUAUAUUGUGAAAGGGACAAUGGGUAGAUGUGACUUCCAAGGAACACUGAUGCUGUUGAUGCGCACAAACAAGUUUUCCUCAAACUUUCAUACUCGUGUUGUGGGUUGUUUACACUUUUACACUGUAUCUGCACAUCAGGCAACAAACUGUAACUACACUUUUUAUAUAGCACUUACUAGAUGUAUGCAGUUUACAGAGAGCAUUUUAUAUAUUUGAGUAUCAUUGAGUUGAGUUCCAUGCACUAGUUUGUAAAUGCUGGCAGUAUUUCUCUGUAUUUUGCAUUGUUUGUACUCAUGGUGACAAACGUGACAUCAUUUUUACACCUUUUAACUUUCAUGUCUAGGAGAAUACAAGUGCACUGAGCACAAAGGAUGUAGUUUGAUAAAUAAAGCAAUGUUCUCUGGUACCCCAGUUGCUGGUGGUGCUAAAUAACGAACUGCAUCUACUUAAGGAAUUUUGUGCUUUUGUAUCUGCUAUAUUUGUUUGACAGUUUAAAAUAAAAAUUUUAAAAAUAUAA